AUGUUUGCCUUCCGCUGUGAGGCUGCCUGUAGCAGGGCGGCAGAGUCCUGCCAGGGCGGCCUCUUUGGUUUGGGCGGCCAGCGACCCGAGCCAAUGCUUGAUGUGUAUGGCAGUCAGGGGCCCCUCUCCUCAGUCAGUGGCCCCCAACAGCCCCUCCACUCAGCCCUCUCCUCUCUCGACCUGCAGGACCGUAAGCUGUCCAAGUCGGAGCGGCAGCGGUUCAAGGAGGAGGCGGGCAUGCUGAAGGGCCUGCAGCACCCCAACAUCGUGCGCUUCUACGACUCCUGGGAGGGGCCCUCCAAGGGCAGGAAGUGCAUCGUCCUGGUGACCGAGCUGAUGACGUCGGGCACGCUCAAAACCUACCUGAAGCGCUUCAAGGUGAUGAAGAUCAAGGUUCUGCGGUCGUGGUGCCGUCAGAUCCUCAAAGGCCUCCACUUCCUGCACACGCGGACCCCCCCCAUCAUCCACCGGGACCUGAAGUGUGACAACAUCUUCAUCACCGGCCCCACGGGCUCCGUGAAGAUCGGGGACCUGGGCCUGGCCACGCUCAAGAGGGCCUCCUUCGCCAAGAGCGUGAUAGGCACCCCGGAGUUCAUGGCUCCGGAGAUGUACGAGGAGAAGUACGACGAGUUGGUGGACGUGUACGCCUUCGGCAUGUGUAUGUUGGAGAUGGCCACCUCCGAGUACCCCUACUCGGAGUGCCAGAACGCAGCGCAGAUAUACCGACGGGUCACCAGCGGAGUGAAGCCUGCUAGUUUUGACAAGGUAGCCAUUCCCGAGGUGAAGGAGAUCAUUGAAGGCUGCAUCAGACAGAACAAGGACGAGAGGUAUGCCAUAAAGACCCUCUUGAACCACGCCUUCUUCCAGGAGGAGACGGGGGUCCGUGUGGAGCUGGCAGAGGAGGACGAUGGAGAGAUGAUUGCUAUUAAACUGUGGCUGAGGAUAGAGGAUGUCAAGAAGCUCAAAGGCAAAUACAAAGACAACGAAGCCAUUGAGUUCUCCUUUGAUCUGAUUAAAGAUGUUCCUGAGGACGUGGCUCAGGAAAUGGUUGAGUCUGGCUAUGUUGCCGAAGGGGAUCACAAGACCAUGGCCAAGGCCAUUAAGGACCGCGUGUCUCUGAUCCGAAGGAAGAGAGAGCAGAGGCAGCUGGUCCGAGAGGAGCAGGAGAAGAGACGGCAGGAGCUCCAGCAGCAGCAGGAAGCAUCGAAGAACCCUAACCCCAACACGCAGACACAGACGGAAGAGAGUGACGCUGACCUUCAUCAACGCCUCCUCUACCAACAGAGCAGCCUCUCACUCAUAUCGGAGGGGGUGUUGGACAGCGGCCAGGGUUCCACCGUGUUCUCCUCCGAGAGCCCCCACCCGGCCCAGCCCAACAUGUCCUACAGCAGCCCCCCCUCCACCCCUUACCCCCCCACCCCCUCCACUGCCCAGCAGCAGCACCCGGGCUACCCCCAGCCCCCCCAGCAGAUGCCCUCCUCCCACUGUCGCCGAGGCCGUAGCAUGUCGGUGUGCGUCCCGUCCUCCUCCUACUCCUCCUCCUACUCCUCCUUCCCCCAUGUUCCUCUGCACCUGGCCGCCCCCCCAAAGCCAGCGUCCACUCCUCCUCCAGACCCCUCCCACGCGCCUCCCUCCCGCGCCUCCCUCCCCAGCGAGAGGGACUCGUUCGCGGGCCGCCUCUCCACGGCUCUGGAGACCGUGCUGCCCCUCCACUCCCCCCCUGCCGCGCCCCGGCCCCGGCAGAGGAGGGCCAGCCUGCCCGCCCUCUGCUGCAUCCCCCAGCCGUCACUGCAGCACCACCACUACUGCAGCGGAGGAGGAGGAGGAGGAGGAGGAGGCCCCUCCCUCCCUGACCCCCCCACUUAUUUCUUCCCCUCCAUCCCCGAGCGCCCCAUCUCCUUCUCCCCUCCCCCCUCCGCUCCCCCGAAGGCCUACAACGCCCAGCGACGCAAAAGCACCUCCAUCCUGGAGGCCCACACCCGGCACUUCCAGCCCGCCUACCCCCGCUACGGCGGCGGGCUGCACCCCUACUCCGGGCUGGAGGCCGCUGAGCCCCCCCCGCUCUACAUGGUCAACCCCGGGUUCGCGGCCACGGCCCAGCGGCUGGGGGUGGGGGAGCACCACCCGGGCCACUCUGAACCCAGCAUGUUGGGCUACAAGGACAUCCGGGCGGAGCAGGAGGAGGUGGUGAGGAGGCUGAGCCUCAACCAGGCGGCCCUCCUGGACCAGUACGAGGCCAUGGCGUACGGCGGCUACCAGAGGGCCGCCAGCCAGCUCAGCCAGUUGAACUUCCACCAGCAGAUGCAAGCGGCGGCGGCGGCUAGUAUGGGCUACGACCCUGUACCCCCUUCCCCCGCAGCCUUCCUGCACCCCCACAUGAUGCAGAGAAUGGGCGCCCACAGCCCCCUUCCUCAGCCCCCCAGCAACGCCCCCCCCGCUGCCUUUGCUCCUCCCUCGUCAGAGGGCUGCUAUCAGCCCCCGCACCCCUCCUCUUCCUCCUUCCCCCUGUCCGCUCCACCGGUCAUGAGCGAGGCCCAGCCCCCCCCCGGGAGUGUGUUUGAGUACCACCUCGCCGCCGCCGCCGCCGCCGCCGCCGCUGCCGGGGACCCCACCCUCCUGGCCUCCAGACUCUACCGGGCCCGCCGGAGCUCCAUGGACCUCCAGCUGGAGGAGAGCCCGGGCUCCGGGUCGGGCAGCUCGGGCUCCUACAGCCGGCUGCAGCCCGUGACCGAGGAGCUGUACUCGUACACCAGCCCCGAGCUGCCCCUGCCCCCGGGGAGCCUGCUCCUGCACCACGGGGGCGCCGCCCGGGACAGGAGCCCCGAGCCGUCCAGCGACUCCGUGGCCUCCUCGGACGCGGGGGAGUACCAGUCGCCCCCGCCCCCUCCUCUGCCCCCUGCGGCCGACGGCCCCUCCGCCGCCCAGUCCAUCCCCCACCCGUCCUCCUACGGCCGGCACCCUGAGGGCAGGGGGCCGGCCGAGCUCCAGGGCCACCCGCCCUCCAAGCAGAGCUUCCUCCUCCUCACGCCCUCCUCCGAGCUCCCUGCGGGGGGGGCAGCCUCCACGCCGCUGGGGUCCCUCAUCCAGAGCGCCUGGGUCCGCCACGGGGGCGUGCUACCGGCCCAGCCCGACAUGACGUACCAUGAGUCAAUGCUGGCUCUGCAGGCGGCUAACCCCCCUCUGCAGGCACCGACCCCCACCCCCCAGCCCUCCCCUGGACAGCCCCCGGCCGCAGCCCCCCCCCAGCCCGCACCCCCUGGGACCCUGCAACAGGUCAGCGCCGCCUUCAGCAGUGCGUCAAUGCAGAGCACCUCCCACUCUCCUGCACAGGUAACAGACACACAACCCCCUUUACCCUAUCCUCAGCCUAACGCCACUUCAUCCUCCUCUUCUGCCGUUGCCAUGGCGCCUCUUCCUGCUCCGUUGCCCACCCUUCCUGUUGCCAUGCCCACAGGGGGGGUCGCCUCCCCUCCCAGCACUCUUCCACUUCCUAUUGUCGGGGGGCCGGCUCUAGCUCCCCCUCCUCCUCCUCCUCCUGUGUCCGCCCCCAAAGGGCCUCAGCCAUUGGCCAGUGUGGUGCCCGUCAUCAGCGUUGUCCCCGCCCCUCCUGACCCUCCCGCGGAGGCCCCUCCCGCGGAGGCCCCUCCCCAGUCCCAAUUUCAACUUCAACCAACUCAAGUGCAGCAGUCAUCUGUGGAGAGUGGCUACUCGGAGGCGUCCGGUCUGAGCGAUGGGAACGAGGGCGGCGGCGGCGGCGGCGGCGGCGGCGGGCGUGACGAGGGCCGCUCGCUGAAGCGCCAUCAGCGGCGCUCGGUGCGGAGCCGCUCGCGCCACGAGAAGACGGGCAAGGCCAAGCUCAACGUCCUCAACAUCUCUAACCUGGGAGACAGGGUGGCAGAGUGCCAGCUGGAGACACACAACAGAAAGAUGGUGACCUUCAAGUUUGACCUUGACGGGGACAACCCAGAGGAGAUAGCGAAGAUCAUGGUCCUGAGUGAGUUCAUCCUGGAGAGCGAGAGGGAGUCGUUCAUUGAGCAGGUCAGAGAGGUGAUAGAGAACGCAGACGAGAAAGGUCUAGAACGAGAAAACAGUCACCAGGCGCCAGGAGACCCAGAGCAGCAGAUGUCCGUCCCCAUGCUAGACACGCCAGCUAGUGCAACGUCCCAGGUGGUCCAUUCAGCGGGUCGCAAGUUCAUUAUCAGUCCUGUACCUGAGUCCAGGCUGAAGGAACUACCACCCAGCUCCCCGCCCCCCUCCACGCCCACAUCCUCCUCAGAGACAGCUUCUACGGCCCCGUCUCCAUCUCCAGCCCAGGGCUCCGGUUUGUCCCAGUCCGCUGGGGCCAUCACCCUACAAAAGGCCUUCUCAGAGCUGAGGCAGAACCAGUACGAUCCGGGCCCCAGCACCGCACCGGCCUCACUGCCCUCCACCGAGCCCUCCUUACAGUCUGCCUCUGUCCCCGCGCCUCAGGCAGCAGGACUCAGUGGAUCCACAGCGGGUUCCCAGGACAGGCCCCGCCCUGCUCCGGGGCCCCAAGCAGAGCAGCAUCCGUUAAAUACCCCUCUGCCCCAGCCCCCCUCCUCCUCUUCCUCUGCGCCCCCAGUUUGCCCCACACCCAGCGCCUCCUCAUCUCCCUCUCCCCUCCCCGUCUCCGGUCCAUCCCUCGUCACGCCGGCACAGGGAGCCACACCACAGUCAGCUCAGACCACACCCCAGGGUCUGCAGCAGCUCCCGGCCCAAGCACUAAUCCAGCCCCAGGCUUUGGCCCAGGCCCGGGGGGCCGCCUCGGAGACCAAACCCGAGGGUUCUGCUGCGUUCUGUGCCGCUCCUGUCCCCUCGUCCUCCCCCCCAGCCAGUUCCUCUAGCAGCACACCGCCCUCGCUCCCCUCCGCCCCCCUCCCCUCCGUCUCCUCCCCCCCUCCUCCUACGCCCUCCUCCUCUUCCCCUGCUCUGGGGAGCGGUAGUGGCGGCGUGGAGCCUCUCUCCUGCCGCUCUCCGCCCUGCUCCAGCCCCCCUGCCUCUCUGUGCCCCUCGCUGGGGACCACCACAGCUGCCCCUGGGCCCCCGCUCGUUCCCUCCACCUCCGCCGGCUCCCCUUCCUCCUCCUCUCUGACCUCCGGCGCCGCCCCGGGCGUCCAGCCCCCGACCGCCGCUGUGCCUGGGCACACCCACACCCACGGGGAGCCGUGUGAUGCCAGGUGUGAGGCGGCCGUGGACCCCCAGGGCAAGGUGGACGACAUCCACACGCUGGACAAGAAGCUCCGCUCCCUGUUCAGCGACCUGGGCGGGGCCGCCCCGGCAGCCCAGGGGGAGCUCCCGGCCGGAGACCCCGCGGCGGGGGCCCCCCUGGGGGCCCCCGCCGCUACCGGGGGCCCCUUCUCUACCUCCACGACCUCCACGACCUCGCCAACCUCCGGCCAGUCGGCCGGUGCGCCGGUGCCCCCCCCCAGCCUAGCCUUGGCCGCUGGGGGGCCGUCAACCACGGCCCAGGGUCCUGGAACUCCGACCUCCGCCCCCGCCCAGACCAGUAUGCCUGCUGCAACCUAUGGCCCGACCACUCCAUCCAAAACCCCUCUGUCCAGAGUCUCGUCCCAGCAGCCUCUGGAGGACCUGGACGCCCAGCUGAGGAGAGCUCUGAGCCCGGAGACCGUGAGCACACACACACAGGCUUCUCUCACCGGCAUGUCUUCCGGAGGACAACCAAGUCCCUUCCCCUCCGAGGGAGAGGAGGGAGAGAUCACCCUCAUCCCUCCUGCUGCGAUCAAACUUGGAAGAUUCCAGGUCUCCUUGGCUCCCGACGAGACUCCCUUAAGAUACCCACCCUGCCCAGAGUCUUCCUCCACCAGCUCCUCCUCCUCCUCCUCCUCCACCUCCUCCCCUGGCUCCAGCCCGGAGAGCACCCUGCACCAGGCCUCCUCCACCCCGCUGAGGAGGGCCGUCCCGCGGGGGGAUGUGGUGGACGGGCUCCCCUCCCCCAUCGCCCAUCGGACCGCCGGAGGCUCUCUCCCUCCCUGCCCCGUGGCCUCCCCCCUGCCCUGCACCACCAUCGGACGGUUCCAGGUCACCGCUGCUCCCCAGCCCGGGGUAGGGCCGCUCCCAGCCGGCGGUGCCCAGGCUACCAACGGGCCUUGUGGACCGGACCAGAGCAGUCCUGCUGAGCUUAGUCCAGACCUGACGCAGUGUCAGUCCUCCCUGCACAGCCUCAACAACAACUCCUUCAACAACUCCUACGUCAGCAGCGACAACGACUCAGAGUUUGAGGACGAUGAGUUCAAGCAGCAAAUCCACCGGCUCAGAGAGAAGCACAUGCGGGAGAUCCAAGCCUUGCAAAGUCGCCAGAAGGAGGAGAUAGACGGCCUCUUUACAAGACUGGGAAAGGUCCCUCCCACUGCAGUGUUCUCCCCAGUGCCCUUGGCCAGUAGGCGGAGACGUACCAAGAGCAAGUCAUCCAGGUCCUCCCGAAACACCUCCAGCCACGGCAGUAGGAGUCCCCUGCAGCCAGGCAGCACUUUAUCCGCCCAGAGUGUCCCCAGCGUGUUCCCCGGCCGGCUGGCCCUGCUGACCCCCGCGGGGCUUGCCGACUCGGGCAGCAGCUCCCUGGUCCAGCCCCUGAAGCCCUCUCCCUCCAGUGACAACCUGUACUCGGCCUACACCAGUGACGGGGCCAUCUCCGUGCCCAGCCUGUGUGCUCCCACCCCAGGCUGUGUAAAGUUCAGCUGGGGUUCGGAGCGUCUGGCCUUCAAGCCUGGUGGCAGACGGACGCGUUUUCUGAGUACGCCCUGCUUGGCUCUUUGGAAGAUGGUGAAAAAGGUCUGCCCCUGCAACCAGCUCUGCAGGACCAGCAGCACCAACGCGGUGGGCGGCCUGGGCCAGAGCCAGAGUGGUUCCCAGUCCCUGCCGGCCAGCAUGUCAGCCGCCACCCACCAACGCAAAGGCACCUUCACGGACGAUCUCCACAAGCUGGUGGACAACUGGGCCCGCGACGCCAUGAACCUCUCCCAGGGCAAGAGGAGCACCAAACAGCCACCGGCCCCCCCUCCGACACACAGCUACGAUGUCAACCAGUCCGCCCACCUGACCAGGAAGUACUCGGCUCCUGGCCAAUUGUGCGGCAACAGCAUGGGAGGCUCCGCCCACACCCCCACGUCCCUGGCCAGCCGCAAGAGCUCUCUGUGCCCCCCCCCUCCCCCCGCAUCGGGCACCCCUCCGCCCCCCACCUUCCCCCCCCGCCCCCCCGCGGCCUACAGCGCCCAGUGGUCCGGGCCGGCCCCCAGGGCCCCGCCGCAGCCCGGGCCCCUCCUGGUCAGCGCCUCCCAGCCGCUGGGCCCCUACCCCCCCACGGCACCCGGCCAAACCCCCCAGGGCACCCACCCGGCCGCCCCCCUGCAGAAGUCGCUCAGCACCCCCGGGGGGCCCAACCUGAGGACCACAUGAGGCCGGGGGCCGCCGAUCACCGCGGGACCGGAGGGGGGGUGGGGGGGCAGAGGGAGGAGGGGAGGAGUCUGAGCUGCUGCUGCAGAGAGGGAGGGAGGGACCUGGAGGGCGGCGCUGAUGACCUCAACCGGCUGAACCAAUCCAGCGCCUCUGAAGCAGCUCCGAGGCUCCAGGCCGUCCUUUGAGGUGAUCUAAGGGAUGCGGUGAAGCCCCCGUCACCAGGCCCUCCUCUCUGCUGCAGGGCCGUAGAGAACGCAUGAGGCAUGGAGCACAACACGCUCUGGGACUAGAACAUACCUGGUACUGACACCGUGGGUCCAUCUCAGUCAGUGGGGGACUAGAACCAACCUGGUACUGACACCGUGGGUCCAUCUCAGUCAGUGGGGGACUAGAACCAACCUGGUACUGACACCGUGGGUCCAUCUCAGUCAGUGGGGGACUAGAACCAACCUGGUACUGACACCGUGGGUCCAUCUCAGUCAGUGGGGGACUAGAACCAACCUGGUACUGACACCGUGGGUCCAUCUCAGUCAGUGGGGGACUAGAACCAACCUGGUACUGACACCGUGGGUCCAUCUCAGUCAGUGGGGGACUAGAACAUACCUGGUACUGACACCGUGGGUCCAUCUCAGUCAGUGGGGGACUAGAACCAACCUGGUACUGACACCGUGGGUCCAUCUCAGUCAUUGAUCCAGUCUAUUUAUUCAUUAACGCUUUAUUUAUCGGUGUCGAUUCCUCCGCUAUCCAAAAUAUAAAACGUCCCCAGCGGGUCUUCAGAUCCAUCCUGCGGCCGCAGUUCCUUUAACCUGCAGAAUGAGUUGCCUUAUUGAUAUGAACCAACCUUCCACGGUUGGAACGCGAUUGGUUUUGAUUGUACAAAGUCGUACGCUGACGUGGCGAAGUGAACUGACACACUCCUUAACACCCUCCCCCCCCCGCCGCCAUCAACUCACCCCUCCCUCCCCCCCCCGCCGCCAUCAACUCACCCCUCCCUCACCCCUCCCUCCCCCUCCCCCUCCCUCCCCUCCCUCCCCCCGGGGAGCCAGGAGAAGGAGAACCAGAGUUCCUGGAGGCGUGGGAGGAACGGAGCAGAGGGUUCUCUGUCUCCUUCUGGCUCCUCAUGAGUGGCACUGGAACCCGCCGUGUGCUGCUCUGUGUGUGUGUGUGUGUGUGCUACUCUGUGUGUGUGCUGCUCUGUGUGUGCUGCUCUGUGUGUGUGUGUGUGUGUGUGUGCUGCUCUGUGUGUGUGUGUGUGUGUGUGUUAGGGUGUGUUGUCUCUUCUUGUGUGAUACUCCUUCCGCCAAACCCCCCAUCCUUGUUGCCAUGUGAUGCAAUAAUAGCAGUCAACUUUUAGAGAAGUAGCCCAAUCAUGAGAGCUUGGGAACUCCGCGUGAAUAAGUGGCCUUGUUAUUAGUAUAUCUGUAGUCCCUGUACAGGUUGUGUGUGUGUGUGUGUGUGUGUGUGUGUGUGUGUGUGUGUGUGUGUGUGUGUGUGUGUGUGUGUGUGUGUGUGUGUGUGUGUGUGUGUGUGUGUGUGUGUGUGUGUGUGUGUGUGUGUGUGUGUGUCUGCUAUGUUCUAGAAUGUUAGCCUUCAUGAUUCCAUUUUGUUGAGUUCUUAGAAGGUUUUGCUUCUUUAUUUUUGUAGUUCAUUUUGCCUGCUGCCCACCUCCUAGUUAGCUCUCCUCUGACGAAACACACGCACACACAGACUUUGUUCACGCACACACACACACACACACACAUACAUACACACAUACCCGCCCUCUGCUUGAACACACACAAAAGGAGCACAUACUUUCACACACACAAACACAGUCACACAUUCAGGUACAUGCACACACACACAUAGCCGCCCUUUGCCUGCCCACUCACACAGAAAUUCAUACACGCACGCGCACGCACACACACACACACACACACACACACACACACACACACACACACACACACAUUCAUGCUCCCACUCCGCCUGCACACACACAGGCACACACACACACACACACACACGCAGAAUAGAAAUGUACAGGCCCUAGUUUCCCUGAUGCUCAGACUACAGCCUACACAGACACAGGGUCAGGGUUAACCUAACCCUAACCCCGACCCUGACCCUGACUCUGACCCCGACCCUGACCCUGACCCCGACCCCGACCCUGACCCGGACCCCGACCCCGACCCUGACCCUGACCCCGACCCUGACCCUGACCCUAACCCUGACCCAACCACACACACCCAGACGUGUGGAGCCAAGCAGCAGGCCGUUAACACAUGUCAUGAUUCAGACUAAUGCCUGGCUUUAGUGUUUGUCCGUAUAAGGUUGGUUUCAAUGGUUGAAACAGUUGCCAUGUACAUUAUUAUAACUCAUUAAUGGAUAUUCUAUUUAAACACAAACAAAAAGGUGUUCCGUUGAUGGAUCUGUUUAUACUCAGCGCAUCGGUUUACGAUGUGGAAACACUGUGAUUAUUAUUGUUGUUGUUUAUUAUUAGUAAAUGUUGUUGGACAACGUUACGUUUUAGGUGAAAUAAUAAAAAAAGUUAAAUACAGAGAUUGGCUUUGAGUCCGUUUACUCUCGUUUCAGUGCAUCCCGUGUACGAACAGUGACUUAAGUAUAACACUCCUGAAACACUUAAAACAGAAUUAGGGACUGAGGACAGAAACUGAUAAAGAAGGCCUGACUGUUAACAACCUCGCGUAUUGAAAUGAAAGUUCAUGGACUCCAAAGCCUGACAGAAAAAAAAACUGCAGGAUAUUUCGAUUUAAAAUAACAUAAAAAGCUAGCUAUUUUUUCUCCUUCAAACAGUACUUAUCUCUACCAGACACUUUAACAGCCCUCCCCGCGUUAGAUCAAUGUGAAUGUAUAAACCAACGGUGUCCAUUUUAUGUACUUGAAAAGCUUAUAUUUCUUCAAUUCAAUUCAAUUUCUUCUUUUCCUUGCCCUCCAAUUCCCCCUAAACCCUCAGUUCCUUGGGCAUCGAACCGCCAGAGAAACCCACCAGGGCCUUGCAUUCUUUCAAUUGCUUUUUGGUUUAUUUUUGUAUUAUAAUGAUUGCUUGUAUUAGUGGAUGUGGAUUGUAUGCUGUGGUUUCAAGUAAGCACAAUCUUGGUUGUGUGUGUGUGUGCGUGUGGGUUUAUGUGUGUUUGCUGUAGACUUCAGCACUGCUCCUGGGUUAAGCACUACUGCUGCAUCAAUUGAAAUAGAAAUGCAAUAUUCCCCAAAACACAGACAACGCCGUGAAUGAAAUAGCAAAAGCAAAGUGUGCGCGAGCCAUUAAGGACUAUUCAGACCCAUGUAACCAUGGAGACUGAAGUGGUUGCCAUGGCUAUGAUCAAUAUUGUAAGUUUUGAUGUAGUUCAGUUCAAUUCCAGACCGUUCAACUUUCAUAAAAGAAAAACCCUAAAUUAAAGCAAAAAUUAUGCUUUAACAGGAAACAGGAAGCGCUAAUAGCUAUCCCAGACGUCAAUAGAAGCCCACUGACAUAACACAACUCUGCGCUGACACAAAGGAGCUCUCAAGACAAUCCUGAGAGCAGAAGGGUUUCAAAGCCUCCUGGAGCUUCACCGCCGACCACGGCUCACAGCUAUCUCUGAAGGAACGCUCCUGCACCUGUGUUGCGCUUUUAUGUGAAAUGUCCCAUCCUGUAGAAAGUGUUUCUUACCAAAGUUGGAGGCCUAAGCCUCAACAGAGAAGUUCGAGAGGUACCAAAGUUUGUCUUUAGUUUUCUUCCACCAUGGUUCGGUCACGGUCACAGAUUUGCAGCAGACUAAAUCCAUGCUGGCUUCAGCUAAAACAGGCGCAGAUCCAUCAACAGAUGAGUUUACUGAGAGUGCCUACUCUGGGUCCCUAGUCCCUACUCACAGCUUCACACAGCUCCAACAACAAGGGAGCAGAGAAGGAGAGGCAGUGGAUUGGUGAUGAAGAGGAGGAAUGUGGUGGCAGAUGUGAUAAAGGUGAUGGUGGUGGUGAUGAAGACGAUGGUGUUGCUGACUGUAUUGGAAGUGGUGAUGAAGGAGAUGAUUGGUGGUAGAUUUGAUGACGUGACGGUGAUGACUGGUGGUCAUUGGGAUGAUGAUGAUGGUGGUGACGAUUUGAGUGGUGAUGAAGAUGAUGGUGGUGACGACUUGUCUGAGUGGUGAUGAAGAUGAUGAUGUGGAUGACUUGUCUAAGUGGUGAUGAACAUGAAGGUGCGGAUGACUUGUCUUAGUGGUGAUGAAGAUGAUGGUGUGAAUGACUUGUCUAAGUGGUGAUGAAGAUGAUGGUGUGGAUGCCUUGUCUAAGUAGUGAUGAAGAUGAUGGUGUGGAUGACUUGUGUUAUUGGUGAUGAAGAUGAUGGUGGUGACGACGUGGUGGUAAUUAUGAUUUUAAAUUUUAAAAAAUAUUACACAAAAAAAUACUCAAACCUUGUCCCUGCUGGCUAUUUUUAUCUAUAAUCGAUAUUAUAUAUAUGAUUAAAAUUAGCUUUUCUUUUCCCUCUUUUUGUGACAGGUUGUUGUUUAGUAAGCCAAGCGAAGCAGCAUUGAUACCCUCGGCACGUUUGAUUGGAACUGUGAAUGACAUAUACUUUACAGAUAUUUACAUACUUUACAGAAAUGUGUUAGCUGUUUGUUGGUCCGUUUUUCGAGGACUAUUAUUGUGAAGGUCGGUUCUUGACUGGUUUUAUUCCCUUAACGCUCUUAAUGUAGAAGGACCGUGUCAAGUGCCCUCAUGUGAACAUAACUUUUAGUGCACUUGUAACGACCCACGCGCACGGAUAGGAUAUGCUUACACAAAUGCGUGCACCCAAAAACACACACACGAACACACACACACACACACACACACACACACCUAAAUACAACAAAGUAACGCAAUGACUUUCUUUGAUGUAGCUUUCUCUCCGUGCAAUGAUUUAGAAUCUGAAGCAUAUGUUGGCAAAAAAGAAAAUGUUGUUUUAAUUUACCAAUGUAUGCUUUCAUACAAAUCAUCAUGAGAAUAUUUUAUUUUUUUCCUGGGCCUGUUCUCUCGUUUUGUGUUUGACGUUGUACGGACAAUAUGGUUUGAUUUGAAUGAAACAUAGUCGGCCUAUGUGUGGUGGUGGCGUCAGGGGUCGAAGGUCAUGUUUUGGGGUCUUCGGCAGCCUUUUAAAACUGUAUGUUUUGCACUGAGUGUUCAAGCUUCAUGACGAAAUAAGAUGUUGCGCUUUGCGCUCCAAAUUUGUUACUUCAUUUGUAAAAACUUAAUAAACAAAACUGGGUAAACUGAAAAAA